UUACAAUCAACUACAGCAUCCCAUAUCCAGUCCCGUGUUUUGCCCCCUCCCCUUCCUUCCCUCCCUCCCUCCUAUCUCAUCUCUCUUCUCUUCUUUAUUAUGCUGCCCUUAACUAGCCUCUCUCUUAUUAGAAUUUCCAUUGAGAAUUCCACUACACCGCCUCCUGUCUCCACACUCAUGGCUCCAGAGAAGACCAGAGAUGGGCUGGAUAACUAUGCAUUUACUGUUGAUGGUGUAGACCGUUUCUGUGAGUUACCGGGAAAUAAGAAUGGAAGAGGUAGUUUUUCAGAGGAGGGAGACAGUAACAAGCUAGCAUAUUGUGUCACAGAUGUUCCGCCAUGGUAUCUUUGCAUCUUUUUGGGGAUUCAGCACUAUCUUACAGCUUUUGGUGGCAUCAUAGCCAUUCCUCUGAUAUUGUCUCAGGGCCUUUGUCUACAGCAUGACGGCCUCACUCAAAGUCACCUAAUCAGCACCAUUUUCUUCGUGUCUGGGGUGUGCACCUUACUGCAGGUCACUUUUGGAGUGAGGUUACCCAUUCUCCAGGGUGGAACGUUUACGUUCCUUUCACCCACCAUGGCUUUGCUUGCAAUGCCUGAAUGGACCUGUCCAGCCUGGACACAAAACGCCAGCCUGGUCAACACCUCCUCACCCGAGUUCAUUGAUGUUUGGCAAAGUCGAAUGCAAAUGCUCCAAGGCUCAAUCAUGGUGGGCUCCCUAUUCCAAGUGGUAGUGGGAUUCUCCGGUCUCAUUGGUCUCUUCAUGCGUUUCAUUGGCCCUUUGACCAUUGCACCAACUAUUUCACUAAUUGGUCUAUCGCUGUUUGACUCUGCUGGCAUGAACGCAGGAAACCAUUGGGGCAUCUCUUCCAUGACGACGUGUUUGAUUGUGAUAUUCUCGCAGUACCUCCGUCAUAUUCCCGUCCCUUUCCCCAAAUACAGCAAAGCCAAGAAAUUUCACACUACCAGGAUUUACAUUUUUCAGAUUAUGCCUGUCCUGCUAGGAAUCACUCUUUCUUGGUUGAUUUGCUACCUGCUGACGAUCUACAAUGUCCUGCCCUCAGACCCUGAUAAAUAUGGCUAUCUAGCUCGGACUGAUGUUAAAGGAGACGUUACGGGCAGGGCGCCUUGGUUCAGAUUUCCUUAUCCAGGUCAAUGGGGAGUGCCAACUGUUAGUCUGGCAGGAGUUUUUGGAAUCCUGGCAGGAGUUAUAUCCUCAAUGAUUGAAUCAGUGGGUGAUUAUCAUGCCUGUGCAAGGUUAUCUGGUGCUCCACCACCACCAAGACAUGCCAUCAACAGGGGCAUUGGCAUUGAAGGCAUUGGAUGUCUGCUGGCAGGUGCUUGGGGCACAGGCAAUGGAACCACAUCCUACAGUGAGAAUGUAGGAGCCUUGGGGAUUACCAAGGUUGGUAGUCGCAUGGUGAUUGUGACCAGUGGCUUUAUAAUGAUUAUAAUGGGAAUGUUUGGGAAAAUUGGAGCCAUAUUUACUACAAUACCAACGCCCGUCAUUGGAGGAAUGUUUCUGGUCAUGUUCGGGGUCAUUAUGGCUGCUGGUGUUUCAAACCUACAGUAUACAGACAUGAAUUCUUCACGCAACAUCUUCAUCUUUGGAUUCUCCAUGUUCACUGGGCUUACCAUUCCUAACUGGAUAAUGAAAAACCCCACAUCUAUAGCGACAGGAGUUGUUGAACUGGACCAUGUGCUUCUAGUGCUUCUGACAACAAGUAUGUUUGUCGGAGGAUUAUUUGGAUUUAUCCUUGAUAACACAAUACCUGGAACAAAACGCGAACGGGGCAUUAUUGCAUGGAACAAGGCCCACCAAAAUGAGUCAGACAACACCUUAGAAAGUGAUGACGUGUAUGGGCUGCCCUUUGGAAUUAAAACCCGCCUCUCUUCCUUCACAUGGACUAAAUAUGUGCCCUUCUGCCCUACACACAAAGUCAGCACACAGGAUGACACACCAUCCAGUUUGGAUUCUUUGGACACCAAAACAGAGCCUAACAAGGAUGAUGCACACAUCAUAGUGGGGGUGGCGUUAUAGUCUGUGAAGGGGACUUACAUCUGAAAAUCAGAGACAAUUUAGUAGAAAAAGCUCCUAAUUGUGUGACUCUUAAGUCACAUUCAGAGGUAUGGACUGAACUGAGAAGGCAGCUUUACCCCCCAUUUUCAUAAGUUCAUAUCAAAUCUGAAGCAGUACUGUUCAAAUCUAUCUCGAUUUUCAUCUUUAUGAUCUAUAAACCUAAAGUUAAUCAAUAAUGGGUAACACUUCACAAUCAGGUCACAUUAGUUAAUGACUAUGCAGUAUUAAUUUUAUACGUAUUCAUUUCUUGUUAUUUCAUGCAUGGCUAGGCAUUUAUUUUGUUUCACCUUUUGAAAUCACUUUAUUUUAGCAUUUAAUAUUUCAUGAUAUAUAAAUUUCAUGAUUUAUAUCUUGCAAAGAUAUAAAAAAUGAAAACUCAGUUUGGUCUAUUUAUUUAGACCCAUGUUGUGCAUCGAAGGGUUAAAUGUUAGUUUAUAAAUAUACAACUUUUUGUUAGUUUGUGUAAGCUAAGGUUCAUUAAAUAAAAUCAACAGAUAAAGCUUUUUUAAACAUAGUUUAUUAGUAAAUGUUGAAAUGAACAUUUAUAAAUGCUUUACUCUAUUUUCAUUGUUAGUUCAUGUUAACUAAUGAUCGAACUAAUGGCCUAACAAGGCCUACCUAAAUUGUCACUGAUUAAUGUUUUUUUUUUAAUUAUUAUUAUUGUCUUAAUGGUGCUGGAUGAUUUUAAAUAAAGAUAAUAACAGCAAACACAUUUUAAAACGCUAAUUUUAAAUGGAAUAAUUAUAAAGUGCAUUGUAUUACCAUUAUUUUGUUUUAAAGAAAUUUUUUACCCUGUAAUUUUUUUUCAUAUCGUUUUAAGAAGAAAGAAAAAGGUUUCUAGAUUUUUAAAACAUGCUAAUAUUACUAUAUCUGACAUCAUCUUAAUAAUCACUAUAAAUAUAUAUAUUUUUCUGCAUAUUUAAUUUAGUUUGCUUGCUUAAAGUUUAGGUAGUCUUUAGUCAAAUUCAUUUCCAAGUACCUCUAUUUGUCACUAGUUUUAUAGCUUUGUUUCUAGGGCUAGAUACAAAAGAAUAAAGAGAUUGUUGAAAAGCA